GGAGCUUUUCUCUUUCCUAAGCUGCUGAGAUUUGGAAAUGGAUAGGCUGUGAGAGUUGAAGCAUAAAACUAAGGACAGGACCUCUUAGCCAUAGCAACAGCUACAGCAACCUCUCUGCCUCUCUUCUAUCUCUUAUCUAAAUUACAAAAUGACUACUACGGUCUCAACUUUCUCAGCUCUACACUCAGUUUGCACUCCCAACGCCACCAGAACUCCAUCCCCUCCAUUCGCCCGUCGUAUCACAACCCGUUUCCAUGGAUUUCCCAUUUCUUUCAAGCACUUGGCACUGAAAAAGGCCAAUGAUUUCUAUUCCCAUGGGCUUAGAAGAUUAAGGUCACUUGAAGAGGAGACUCAAAUCCCAGAAGAAGAAGAACAACAAGAUGUACCAGAACAAUCUGAACAACAGACUGUGUCUGUCCCUGUCUCUCCCUCUGACACUCUCACCAUGUAUUUCCAGGCAGAGGGAACAAUGAAUGAAACGGCCAUUCCUAAAGUGACUAAGGCCUUAGAGGGAACUGAGGGUGUUACAGAUUUAAAGGUUCGAGUCCUUGAGGGCAUUGCAAGUGUUGAGUUGACGAAACAGACUACUGUUCAAGCUACAGGGGUGGCUUCUAGUUUGGUUGAGCUGGUACAGAGUUCAGGUUUCAAGCUACAAACGUUGAAUCUGAGUUUUCAAGAUGUGGAGGAUGCCCUUGUUUAGGUCAUGCAAUUUACUUAAGCCAGACGGAAAGGGAAAUUUGUAUCUUCUGCAGACUCUUUAAUUCUGCAAGCACCUUCAUGGGAAUGACCUUUAUUGGAUUCAUUUCGGUUCCAUUGUGCAGUGUUUAACAGAAUAAUCUUAAUUGAUUAUGUUCAGAUGGAGCAGUGUUUCUGCA